CCUGGGGUCAACUGUUUCACUGCGCCGCUUUUGCUGCUUUCAAAAAGCGGUUUGAGGUUGCCCAAAAGUGAGUUGUAAGAGUUGGCUAGCUGAAUGUUUUGAACGCCAAUCAUCUUCUGAACGUAACCAGACGUUGAGCUGCCCUUGUCCGGUCCGAGUUCAUACCCAUCCAGUGUGCCAGGAUGGACUCAGACAUUUUGAAUAUAGAGGAGAUAGUGAUGGGACGGGGAUUGCCGGACCCACCUCCACAAGUUCCCCCUGAAAAGCCCGUUGAACCGUACACACCCAUCACUAUUAAACCUCCUGCUCCCACUGUUCAAUCCUACCAACACGAGAAUCUUCAGUGUUUUCAGUGCUUUAUCACUUUCUGUAGCGCCAAAGCUAAAGAAAGGCACAUGAAGAAGAACCACCGUGAGGAGUAUAAGCAGCAGCUUCAGCAGGGGAAUACAUUGUUUACUUGCUAUGUGUGUGAUCGCAGUUUUCAUUCUUCUGAGGAACUGACGCAGCACCAGCCAACACACAGCAAGGAAGACAAGCCCUUCAAAUGUGUUGACUGCAAGGAAAGCUUCCGCGCUUUCUCUGAGCUCACAACCCAUAGAAGACAAGUGUGUCCAGAGAGGCAGUUUGUAUGCAAAGAUUGCAGUAAAACUUUCCGAAGCCCUACGUUGCUGCGCUCUCACCGCCUGGCAAUGCACCCACGCCCAGAAGUGGAAGUGGGAGAGCAACCGGAAGAUCCCAUAAAGACCCAUCGCUGUAGGAAGUGUGGCCUGGGCUUUGAAACAGAAGCAGACCUGGUGGUACACCAAGAGAAGUACUCAGCAGGUGAGCACUGCAAUGGCAACACUGCACCUGUCAAAAAACGUGGACGGCCUCCUAAGACCGAAGAAACAGCAGGUGCUGAGAAGAAGGGAAAACGGAAAAAGAAGGAGGAAGGUGAGGCAACAGAGGAGGCUGUGAAAGACAACAGCGCAGAGACGGGAGCAGCUCCCGUUGAGGCAAAGGGAAAAGCAAGUGGCGCAAAGCGUGGUCGUCCCCCUAAGGCAGCGACAGCAUCAGUAACAGCAGAGAGGAAGAGCUCUGAAGAUGACAGUCAAGCUCCAGCUAAGGAGAAAAAAGCUAAAGCAGCUCCUGUUGCACCUCGUCAACACCCUUGUCCCGAAUGUGACCUUACCUUCCCUGGCCUGGGUCAGCUCCGCACCCACAAGAAGGAAAAGCACACCCCUCGCAAAGCCCAUCCCUGUGAAGAAUGUGAAGAAAGCUUCAUCCGUCCUGAGCAACUAGAGGCUCACAAGGCUCGAGCCCACACUGCAGGCCGCUUUUCCUGCCCAACCUGUGGUAAAAGCUUUGGCCGUGAGCGCACCAUGAAAGCUCAUCAGAAGAGCCACCCAGAGGAGAAGCCUGAGAGCGAAAGUGUGAAGAGAUAAUUAUGGGCUUAUAGUUGUUUUUGGUCAACGCACGAGGGACAGGCAGAAGGUGUAUAAUUUUGAUCUUGGCAAGAUUGUUUUUUUUUUGUAAUUUAGAGAUCUAAUUCUUGAAAUCAGAAAGUGUUUAGGUGAGUUUUGAUUUUUUUUUUUUCCCAAGAAGGAAAUGCAUCAUUUUAAUAAGGUUUUGAGUAUGAGUUGAGGUCUUUCAUUAACUUCACAGCAUUACCAUAUUGGUUAUGGGUAGAGUUCGGACCGAUCUGAUCCAAUAUCGGUAUUGGGUGCCGAUACUGACGCAAUUGUCAUCGGAUAUCGGGCUGGCGUUACUGAUCCACGAGAUACCGAUCCAGAUUCCAUAGUCGGAUGUUUUUAGGAAUUACAAAUAAUGUAAUAAUGCAGUUUUAAGCCCAUAGCCAAAACGGUAUAUGUAAGUUCAGGUAGUAUGAAGUGUUUUGAGUGCGGGGAUGUGAGACAGAAGUGCUUUGCUUAACCCGCAUCGAGAGCAGGAAGCGGAAGAUGUGGAAGCUGCUGACCAGGCAACUGAGGCAGUAACAGGUGAAACCUGUUAGGGGGUAGUAACAGGUGAAACCCCACAAAAUGUACACCCGGAGUCUCCUAAACUCCGUAGUAAUUCGGAGAAAGAUGAAAUGGCUGUAGGUGACGUCGUAACUGUAUCAGAGGGACCCAGUGUGCGUGGAGUUGGUGGCACUGCUGCGUGAGUAAUCCCCCUAGCAGCUGCUGCAGCCGACCCCGGGCAGGAGGCGCCGAGUGAUGGAGGAGGCGGCGGCGGACCUGCCUGUCACCCGAGAGCCAGGAGGAGGAUGAUGUUACCAUUCUCCUUCUGGCUCUCUGACAAUCAAUCAAUCAAGUUGCAUUUUUAUAGCGCUUUUCUAGCUGCAACAGCCACUCAAAAGCGCUUACAGCAAGUAAGUAAAGUUUUACUUGCAUAGCACGUUUAAAAACACAGUUACAAAGUGCUUUGCACUCAAUCCAGAAAAAUACGAGUAAAUAAAUGAAAUAAAUUGAAUGGAUAUAAAACAUGGCAUAGGGAGUAGCAGACCAAGCUAAAAACGAACCAAAACACAGGGCAGGCGUGGGGAUCUAUAAAAAGGCUUGCCUGAAAAGAUGGGUUUUAGAAGCCGCGUAAAACGGUCCAAAGACUCAGCAGAUCUAUGGAACUUUUUUGCAGCUAGAGUGAGGGAUGGAUAAAAGACCGAGGGUCAAAGUGGUCGGGAAGUGGAAUGAGGAAUAAGAAGAUCAGAAAUGUAACGGGCCGGCGUCCAGGUAGCGUAGUGGUCUAUUCCGUUGCUUACCAACACAGGGAUCUCCGGUUCGAAUCCCCGUGUUACCUCCGGCUUGGUCGGGUGUCUCUACGGACAUAAUUGGCCGUGUCUGCAGGUGGGAAACCAGAUGCCGGUAUGUGUUCUGGUCGCUGCACUAGCGCCUCCUCUGGUCAGUCGGGCGUCUGUUCAGGGGGGAGGGGGAACUGGGGGGAAUAGCGUGAUCCUCCCACGUGCUACGUCCCCCUGGCGAAACUCCUCACUGUCAGGUGAAAAGCGGCUGGUGACUCCACAUGUAUUGGAGGAGGCGUGGUAGUCUGCAGCUCUCCCCGGAUCGGCAGAGGGGUGGAGCAGCGACCGGGACGGCUCAGAAGAGUGGGCUGAUUGGCCGGAUACAAUUGGGGAGAAACGGGACACCCCCCCCCCCAAAAAAAAUAGAAAAAGAAAUGUAACUGGGGCAAGAUCAUGCGUUGCCUUGAGUGUAAUCAAUAAGAUCUUACAGAUUAUUCUGCAUUUUACAGGAAGCCAAUGGAGGGAUGCAAGAAUAGCAGUGAUAUGGGAUGUACGGCUAGUUCUCGUGACAGGACAAGUGAAGAACCACAUUUACAAUCAUCCUUUACUUUGUCCAGGUUAUUGUCACAAUUUGAUUUAAUUGACGCUUGCAGAAUAAAAACUCAAAACACCAGACCGUACACAUGGGUAGAGGUUUCAGGGAACAGGGUCAGUGCUGCCAGGCUAGACCGGGUGUAUAUCACUCGACACCUUAACACCGGCUUAGUCAGGAGCAACAUACUUCCAGUUGCUUUUACAGAUCACCAGUUAGUCUGUUGUUUUGUGUCUUUCACCAACAAAAAAUAUUAAUCUUUGUAGCAUUUUAAUGUAAAAUGACUACAAGAUAGGUCUUAUAGUAAGAAAAUUUUUUUGAAUUAUUUUGGGUAAUUUGGAGAGGGGGGGGAAAAAGUUUGACUUAAAGUUAGCACAUUAAAGGAACUGCCUUCGCACUUUGCACUCCACCUGUUUGUAUAUGAAGCCUACUUAAACUACACUUCAAAUAAAUUACUUUGGGAUAAGUUUAAAUUUAAUGCAUUUUUGUAUAUAUUUUGCUCUGAAGUGCUGUGUGGUUUACUACAGCCUCAUGUAACCUUACACAUAAUACCAACAACAAUAAUAAUAAUGAUAAUAUUCAGGAAAAAAUAACUGAUAUCAGUAUCGGCAGAUAUCCAAAUCCAGGUAUCGGAAUCGGAUCGGAACUGAAAAAAAAAAACUGGAUUGAUGCAUCCCCAGUUAUGGGCUGUAAAAAGGUCAUAUUCAAAACAAACAUCACAAACUAACCAGAAGUCGUUAAACUCUGCUACCAUACCUUUUGUCAUAACGGAUUUUAUGUAUAAAGAAAACAAAAAUAAUUCUAACUUCUUAUAAAUGAUGUUUUUAAGUUUUUCUUUUUUAAUGGUUGAAGUAUAGAACGCGUGUGUGUGCGUGUGUGAGAGAGAGAUAUGAUUUCUACAUUUGACUUUCUUCAGUUAAAUUUAUUUUGUUGUAAAGUUAUUUUCUCAGUGUUCAUUUUUCCCCACCACACUUUGGGUAAAUUAGUAUUUUGAUGCAAAUUAGACUGCAGCAACGCUAAGCUGCAAUAUCUAAUGCAGUGUCAGAAGAAAUGGUGGGUUGUACAUUUUCUGGUUGAUAUAACAUGGGUUUUUUUUUUUACACUAAAUAUUUUGAUUCUGAAAUAACUUCUAAAUUAAGUAUAAAAAUGAAUUUAGAAUGGCAUGAUUUGAUUUUUAUUUUUUUUCUCUCAAAGAAACGUUUGUUUUGGCCCAUCUCCAACUACUCAAAUUUUGAAAGAGGUGGAGGUCAACGAGACUGGUGGUGGUGUUGGGGAGCUGAGGGUGGCUGGCGGUGCUCUAGUAGAGUUCGGUUGGCUGACUGUGUGUCGACUUUCUACCUGGCUCUUGUUCUGUUGGUUCAAUAUGCUCGACCCCAUGUGUGUCACCUACAUCACAUGAGUCUCGGCGUCAUUGAUGCCCCCACAUUGAGCAGGCUUUUUGGAGGGGGAUGGUGUCGAUGUACAGUUUCCCUUCAGAUUUUCUCCCUCAGAAUGACCAUUUGAGGUGUUUCUUUUUUUUUAAUUAUCAUGAGGGCAGUCGGUUCUAACAUCCCAGGACCAUAGUAACAUGAUUUUAGUUAAAAAGUUAUGUGGAGGAAAAAGGUUCAUUACCCCUUGAAAUUAGGUGUGGCAGAAACUGUCCACUACAAACUAGAAUCAUGUUAAACCAUGUAAUUUUUUUUUUUAUUGAUUGAAAAUUAACGUGAUGUCUUAAAUGCUUCUGGAAUGCAAAAUAUGGAUCUAUGUUGCCAUAGAGUCAUGUACAGGACUACUGUAAAUCAAGUGUUCUUAUUGACUGGAUUGUUUCUCUCCCCUCUUGCAACAUGUCUGGACACUGCAACAAUAAAAUAAAAAAUGCUCUCCUGAGGGAAGCUGCAG